UUCAAGUUCAAAUUGUCACCGAAUAACCACGUGCUUAUAAUAGCUUAAAAGAAAAUAAACAAACCAAAUUAAAAUGCCUAAAGUUAGAGUAGAAAAAAAGAAAAAGUCACAAAAUGGAGUUGUCAAGCAAGGGAUUCUCUUCAAUAAAGAUUUUGGUCAACAUAUUUUAAAAAAUCCCAUGGUAAUAACAUCAAUGUUAGAAAAAUCUGGUCUAAGACCCACUGAUGUAGUUCUUGAAGUUGGUCCAGGUACUGGUAACAUGACAGUUAAACUAUUGGAGCAAGUAAAAAGAGUGAUUGCAUGUGAAAUAGAUACAAGAUUAGUUGCCGAAUUACAAAAGAGAGUCCAAGGUACACCUCUGCAGUCAAAACUACAGAUUCAGGUUGGAGAUGUCCUGAAAAGUGACCUUCCAUUUUUUGAUGUGUGUGUAGCUAAUGUACCAUAUCAGAUAUCUUCACCAUUAGUGUUUAGAUUACUUCUACAUAGACCAUUCUUUAGAUGCGCUGUUCUUAUGUUUCAAUUAGAAUUUGCUCAAAGAUUAGUUGCAAAAGCUGGUGAUAAGUUGUAUUGUAGGUUAUCAGUAAACACACAGUUAUUGUCAAGGGUUGAUAUGUUGAUGAAGGUAGGCAAAAAUAACUUUAGGCCUCCUCCGAAAGUGGAAUCAUGUGUAGUGAGAAUAGAACCAAGAAAUCCUCCUCCACCAAUUAAUUAUACAGAAUGGGAUGGGCUGACUAGGAUAGCUUUUACAAGAAAAAAUAAAACUUUAGGAAGUGUUUUUAGACAGACUGCUGUAUUAGCUGCAUUAGAGAAGAAUUAUAAACUUCAUUGUAGUUUAAAUAAUAAGGAAUUACCUGAAGACUUUAGCAUAAAAGAAAAAAUUGAAGAUAUAUUAACGAAAGUAGAAGCAGAUCAAAAAAGAGCUAGAACAAUGGAUAUUGAUGAUUUUAUAAUGUUGUUACAUGCGUUCAACGCAGAAGGAGUACACUUUUCUUAGUGGUAACUUUUAAAUCCUUAUUGACUGUUGAUUUAUAAUUCGCAAGAACAAUGGAAAAUUGAGUAUGAAUUUUGGUAGUCACCAAAGUCCAUCACUACUAUCAACUUUAAAUGUAUAGUAGUGAUCCCUACUAUCAACUUUAAAUGCUAAAAUAUUUGAAGGACAGACCACUCCUUAGACAAAUAGUGUUGAUAUAUAUUUAUAAUUAUGUAUUAUGUAUAUAAAUUCUGUUUUUCUUGAUUUUAUGUUAUUGUUUAAUUUAAUAAACUAAUAUUUUUAU